AUACAUAAAUGGAACGGCAGAGGCGAAUGCAUAGUAGAAUGGUUUUCCGUUGCGAUAAUGCUACAUCGUGUGGUGCCAACCGAAAAGUAUGAAAUAUUCGAAAAUUUAAAAAGCCAUCAAUAAUGACUAACAAACGGUCAUAGCAUAGUCGCACGAUAGAUGCAAGCUAGCACUUACUGUUUUUGUUUGGAUAAAUUUCGGAUGUGUUGUUUCCAUAAAUAAAUAACGAAAAUUCAUUAUUCAAGUGUAGCGUGUGCACGAUACAUGUGCGGUGAACGGAAAUAAUCUGGUGUUAAUUAUAAAAAGUAAACAUAAACGAUGACAAACGACAAGACGAGUCGUAAUAUGCAAGUGGUGCUGCGAGUGCGCCCAUUCAGUCGCAGCGAAAUGGAACAAAAUCAACGGAACAUUGUUCGCGUUGCAGACACAAACACAAUCAUUUUUGAUCCAGACGAGGAUGACGAUGAGUUCUUCUUCCAUGGUGCAAAACAAACGCAUCGCGAUAUUACGAAACGUGUGAGCAAAAAUUUAACGAUGACAUUCGAUCAGGUGUUUGAUAACCAGGCAUCCAAUCGGGAUAUUUACAUGUUUGCAAUGCGACCACUGGUAUCAUCCGUGAUGGAAGGCUACAAUUGUUCGGCAUUUGUGUAUGGCGCCACUGGGGCGGGCAAAACAUUCACAAUGCUUGGCAGUGAUGACAUUCCGGGCAUCGCAUAUUUGACGAUGAAAGAACUUUUCGAACAGAUCAAAGCAAACAGUGAAGAGCGUAAAUUCGACAUUGGCAUUUCAUAUUUGGAGGUGUACAAUGAACAAGUGAUGAAUUUGCUAACAAAACGUGGCCCAUUGAAAUUGCGCGAAGAUUCGAAUGGUGUUACCGUCGGCGGUUUGGAAUUGAAACCGAUCUUCGAUGCCGAUGAAUUGCUAUCGCUACUUGCAUUGGGAAAUCGCAAUCGCACACAGCAUCCAACUGAUGCCAAUGCUGAGAGUAGCCGCAGCCAUGCCAUAUUUCAAGUGCACAUCCGAAUGACGAACAAAGUCAGUAACCAGAAACGAACGGUCAAAUUGUCGAUGAUCGAUUUGGCUGGCAGUGAACGUGGCUCCAGUACAAAAUGCAUUGGUCAACGGUUCAAAGAAGGCGCCAGCAUCAAUAAAUCAUUGUUGGCACUCGGCAAUUGUAUCAAUAAAUUGGCCGAUGGUUCGAAACAUAUUCCGUAUCGAGACUCCAAUAUGACGCGCAUAUUGAAAGACAGUCUCGGUGGCAAUUGUCGAACGGUGAUGAUUGCAAACAUUUCACCAUCGUCAAUUACAUACGAAGACACAUACAACACCCUCAAAUAUGCCAGCAGAGCUCAGAAAAUUCGCACAACGACCAUCACAAAGAAUCUUUUCAAGUCGAAUUUGCCGAAAGAGUAUUAUGUGAACAAAUUGACCGAUAAAACACAUGAGGUGGAAGAGCUACAGAAAUGCAUUAAGGCACUGCAAGCCCAAAUUCACGCCGAUCGAUGCGCCAGCAUGAACAACAACCUGAAUCCAGAGGAGGUGAUUGCCAGGUACAAAGCUCAAGCCGAAACCUGGAAACAAAAGAUCGACAAAAUCUACAAUGACAUCCGUACCGCUCAAGAGAACUACUACAUGAUGUCAAGCAAAGAGAAGCUACUCAAGUUACGCACAAAAUUCAAGGAAAGCACCGAAAAAAGUCGCAAAAUCUUCAGCAUAGACAGUGAAUGCAUGAAACGAGACCUUGCUCGCGUUGAAGCAUCGAUUGGUAAAUUCAGCAAACAAAUCGAAGUAUUCCGAAUCGACAAGGAUCGUUGGAUGUGCCGCUUCAAGGCAAGCAAAACCCAAUUGGCCGAGCUACAGAUUGAGAUUGCCAGUUUGAAUAAUCCAAUCUUGGAAACCUAUCUGGAUCACAAAGAGGGCGAACAAAAGAAUGUUGACAUGCAAUUGAAAUCUGAGCACACGAUGAAAGUCUUGCAAUUCUAUAAUCAAGAGGCGGAAAAAUCACGCAAAAUCAUCGAAUUGAGUCAUGAAAUUUUGCAAGAAGCCUAUUGCGUGUUGAAUGGAAAUAUGUUGAUCACCGAAGAAAUGCGCGAACGAUUCAAUCAUUUGUAUAAAAUUCAUGAUCAACGCGGUGUUAAGUUUACGGAAUCGGACGAGAUAUUCGAAAUAUCCGAACAACGGAAUCAAAACGAUUUCCUAUUCGACACCGAUCCCUUGAUGAUGGCAAAAGAUGAUGAUGACACAGUCGUGUACACAAACAAACGAACCAGAGACCAGUGUGGCGAUGAUAACGACGAGAUUCCAACGAAAAAACGCGUCGUACGAUCGAUUUUCGAUGGCCAAAACCUUGAUGCGACACAAGUGUUGGGAACACACGAUGACUUAAAUUUGGAUAAUGGUAAUAUGAAUGCAACAUUUGCCAUUAAACCUAAAGUCAAUUCCGUGUCGAUUAAAGGUGGUGCUCAAGUGCGCGCAUUGAAAGAAAGCAACCCAAAUGUACGCAAAGCAUUCGUUGUACCGAAACCCAUGACAAAAACCGUCGCCAAAGUUAAAUCCACAAUGAUCACACCGCAUCGAGAAAAGGAGAACAAACGAACGCCAUUGAAGAUUCGACGAAGCCCAAGAAGUGGUGCAGUCGAUCCAAACAACAAAUACGGCAUUCGACCGAAAUUAAAGCCAAACGACAUUCUGGCCAAGCGAGCAAAAGAUGAUGCUAUCAAUCGGUUCAGAACAUUCCCCAAGAAAUGACUACCGUAAUGGCGUUGAAUGUUAGUAAUUCGAAUUGUAUAAAAAAUUUUAAGCAAUGUUUAUCUGAACAUGCAUCACUUCAGUCUGCCCAUAGAUUUAGUGUUCGAUAUGUAAACUAUUGUUUUUUCUAAAUCAUCAUUGUCAUUGUAAAAAUAUCAUUAAAGAAAGAUACAUGGAUUUAUGCUUUGAAUGUGUACACCAAUUAAUAUGACGAUUCAAAAGCAUGAUGUACGUUCACUGUUCAGUUAUACAACCGAAAUAUUUGUCGAUCAAUAUCUAGAUUAACGAAGAAGAAUAAGCAUAAGUUUUUAUAAAAAGAAGAAAAAAAAAUUAUUUAGCACGUGUGAUAAGUUAGAAACAAGAAUUCGAUAUUAUCAUCUUAAAUUUUAGUUUUUCUCAUUGAAAAUUCGGUCCUAGUGAAAUGAAAAAAAUCUCUGCGAAAGCACGUACAUUUUUUAUUUAACGAAAAUCUUUUGCAAAUUGCCAAUUUUUAUCAAAUAUCUAAUAAAACUCGACGAAGCUCACUA